CAACGUCACUUCAGCCUGCCAUCUUUUUGCGAUUUCCUUUGAAGUAAAACGAUUACCAAGUGGGGCCUUUCCUUCUAAGUUUGCGACUGUAAUUCGCCACCGAUGGUCUACGAAGUCAUGCUUUUAGCAUGACUACUUCGAGUUGUGUUUUCAAUGGAGCCGAUUUGGAUGAUUGUUGCUCAAAUGUAUUCGCAUUGACUGAUUUAUGUGGCUUGAAGUGGAAGAAAUUUGUUCAUGCCGGCCAUAAGCUCCCUCUGCUAUGCGUCUUGGACGACCCUAUCCUCUCAUCCUUUUCUGCUGCCCUAGCACAAGACAUACUGUGUUCCUGGCGCUCAAUUUCCCCACCCUCGCACAAGCCAAGACCUGGCACUACCAAGUUUACUUCAUCUAAAGAGUUCUGGGUUUUCUGGUAUGGCGAUGAGCCUAACCUUACUGGGAUUGUUUCAAGUCAGUUAAAAGCAUCUACCCAGGGUUGCUGGGAGGAUGGUUUACCACACGAGCCAAGAUGCAUGCUUUUCAAGGCUCUUCAUAAUUUAUUAGAAAGGUGUUUAUUGUCAAAACGGUUUGUACGUUUUGGGAAAUGGUUUCUCAAACCCAAUGAAAAAGAUAAUGCAAAGUCUGAACCAAGUGAUCAUCUGUCGUUUUCCUUUUCAUUCUUUGUCCAUGGAGAGAGCUCAGUUUGUGCUGCUGUUGAGAUCCAACAGCAUCCUCAGUUUAGGGCGCUCACUCUGGACGACCUUGCGUGUGCAGCAACCAAACCUGAAGGGUUGCAAGUUUCACUGAGUCCCUAUGGCCUGCCUGGCUUUCUGACUGGUCAUGUCUACCAUGCCGACAAUGCUAAGACAAGCAAUUUGCUGGAAGAGUGGCGCAAGUUCUACCCCUUGGACAUCACCCCUUCCUGGACGACAGGGUCAUCGUCUGUCCAGGACAUUCCUGCCAUGGUGGUAGUGGUGCAUGAAGACUCACAGAUGAUCUACCCAUCUGACCAUGUUAUGGUUCCGUGCCAGGAAGACCAAAUCACUGAAUCACUUGCACCAAGCACUGACGCACUGCAGUGUGCCUCUUCCUCAUCUCUCUCAUUAACCCCUCCGGCCUCCCCCUCUGAUCCUGUCACAACAGAUGCAACAAAGGCUCCUGUCCCUUCCAAGCCUCCUCUAUCACCCUUCAUGACACCCUCUCCAGAUACUGCGACAGAAAAGGUCACACCACUACCAAAAGGAUCCCUUAGCACUUUGGAGAAAAAGAAGUUGACCCAGACACUCGUGCAGGAUGUAUGGCAGGACAUAACAGCCCCAAAACCUCUUCCAAGUAAACUCAUGGCACCCAAGCUAGUGGGAGGCUUUGCCAAGCCUGAGCCAUCCCCCAUGCCCUCCCCCGGUGGGGAAGUCAGCCUGAUAGGACAACCUUUAUGGGAAUUUGAGGAGCCGUUCAAGCGUAACUCCUGUACUUGUACCUCAAACAGUAAUAUCAGCAGGCCUAAACCUCCAACACAAGUGCGGUCAUCGUUUGGCAUUGGCCGUCCCAUUCCAUCUCCAAACCAUCCACUACCCUCACCACAACAACAGCAGCAACAACAACACACACAGACAACCAUGAAAUUAAAAAAGGAGAAAAAGAAGCCAAUCGUCCCCUUCCACCAUCGGCCACUAAUUGGAAAUGACAGCCCAGAUGCUUUGAAAUGUCACUUUGCCAUGGCAACAAAAGGAUUGCCUACAAUGAACAUAUUGACAACUCUCAAUCAGAAACGGCACUCAGAUGCCGCAGUGCCUUAUUCAGUUAACAAGAGGUAUGCUGUUCCCGGGCAUACUGUGGCACCAAGUCCAAAACAAACAGCACAACAGCUAGACAGCUGUGAAUCAGGAUCUCAAUUCAAACUUAAAUCUCCAAAAAAGGAAAAUAUACCAAUACAGCAACCUAGAUCCUCUGAACAAGAGGGAUCAACGUUAUUAGGAACAGUCAAAAAGAAGGAAAGAAAUCCAUAUGUUCUUCCUAAACUUAGCCGAUAUGUACUGCCGACCCUGCCUGCAGACCCACUGGAUAGUCGACCCUUGUGUAGCCCUGACCUGACCACACCCACAGUCCUACCUAGUGCCACCAGUGUGUCACCCACAGUAGCAACCACACCCACACCUUCUAUGGAACAGUCUGUAUUCUGGCCGAGUGGCAGCAAACGACCUUCCAUAGACCUAGAAGUAGAGACAACACCAGUCCCCUCAAAGAAAACGAAGAAGGAAUCAUCAACCAAAGGAACAGGCCCUGGUCGGCCCAGGUCAGAUAGCUCUGGCUCAAGUCGACCUCGCAGUCGCCGCAGCAGUUCUCACCAGUCCCCUACUGUAGCCUUCAACCCGACACCUUUCACUUCACACAUGGAAGACAUGGAUCUUGAUCCCUUGUUGAAAUCUCCCCCACCUAUUGUGACCCCCAAGCAACGUCAUCACAGCAGCACAAGUAAUGCCACAAGCCCCAUUGUCCCUUCCCCAGCAUCUUCUGAUCACCCAAAACCUGGACGGCCUAGGAAUCGUCGCCAGAGCUCUCGCAAGCAGCAGGAGGAAAAGGAGCGUCUUUUGCGGGAACAGGAAGAAGAAAGGCUCCGUCUGGAGCAACAGAGAGUCACAUCAUUUGAAUCUUCCAUGCAUAAAGUGCUCCCAUCGCCCCCUACUCCCCGUAAUAUAAUGCCCAUAAACUUAGUCACAGAGAAGGACCUGGCGGUCACUGAAUAUGACCUUGACCACAUCUUUGACUUGGAUGAUGAAGAUGACGGGGGUGGUGGGAUGGGGUUAGGGAUGGGUGGCAGUGGUGGUGGAGGUGGUGGCGGGGUCGCAAGUAGUCAAAGCUCCUUUAACAAGACUGCAGACCCCUACAGCACCUCCGCCACAAAUAUGAUGAACACAGGUGUAGUGUCAUCUCAUGACCUUGUUCGAAUGUUCCCCACCCCUCCAUCGCUCGAACCUAUGACCCACUCUCCUCCCUGUUCGGCGGGAAGUGAGUAUAUAAGUCCUGGCAGUGUGAAGACUGUAACGGCAAUGAGCACUUCACCUGAUGCUGUUCCUUUGGGAUUGAUAAUGACAUCUGAGGGAGAUUAUGACAGAAUGUUUAAUGCUAAGGAGCUCAGUCCCGUGUUUGAGGUCCAGGAGGUGCAGGAGUUCCCACUUUCAUCCACGUUUGGACCUAUUGAAAACCUACCAAGUACCCGCAAAUGCAAGUUGAAAACUCCUGAACAACUCACCUAUAAGGCCAGUUGGCAGGUUCCCUCAAAAGCAGAGAACACCAAUGCAGCACGGACUGAUAGCAGAUGCAUAAGUAUUGAGGGGGCUUCCAUUGACUGUUCACUACCCCUGGCGUCUCCAUUCCUAUCCUGUGCCGAACCUCGUAGCAUUGACUCUAAGCACUACACUGCUCUGUCCCCGGCAUCACCUGCCUCAUCGAUAUCAUGUUUCUCCACUCUACAACUCAAACAAAUGCCUACUCGCUCAUCCAUUCUCCCCCCUAAACUCUUGAGCGCCAACCUGCCUAAAGCGAACGCUCUAACAAGAGUCCUUGCUCUAUCCGACUCUAACAUGAAUUACUUCUACGACAAGAACUUUGACAGCAGUAAUCUUUGUGUGUGUCCCGUGAUUACUGUGAAAAAUGACCCCAAAGGAAAAAGAAAAAAGGGAUUGUCUCAGCGAUUUGACUUGAAGCGCUGCACUUGCGGAUAUGCAGCCUAUGAACUUUCCAAAUACUCUCCUGGUUAUGGCUUAUUUCCUGAGGACGAAGUUUCCUUGGCUCCCACAGAUAAAGGGAGACCUUCCACAAUGGCUGUUGUGAGGAGACCUUCUUCUUCACAUCGGGAAAUCAAGACUGAAGGGAGUAGUAGCUCAACAGCGAGCGCUCCAGUGACUGGACUAGAACCACUGUUCACAAACCUUGUUGAGAUAAUUGUGGAUCAGUGCUCGUCACCUUUCUCCUGCUCAGUGCUCAGGUAUCAGAUGCUAUCCCUUGGACUUGGAAAGAACACUGGCACCCAUGGGAAAGAUUCUUGUGGGAGUGGUGUAUCAUCUGUGGUAUCUGUUGGCGUGCUACACGGUCUUCGUCCGCUUAUCCAAGAGGCACUACAGAAGUCCACAAGCCGUAAGACCUGGGAGCAGCCAAACGGGACUGUGGUGCAGGGCCCGCUAUCGUGGAAACAACUGCACAACGUCGCUGUUAAAGGUGUAGAAGAGUCCCCCAAGCCUCAGCCCAUCCCGUCCAUGCGUGUAGGGUGUGGUGGGGAUUGGAUGUCUCUAUCCCCAUUUGCGUUUCAAUUCUGGGACAAGCUUUUGUUAGAACCAUUUUCAGCAGCACGGGAUGUGGCGUAUGUUGUUGUUGCACCGGAAAACGAGUCUGUCAUUAGUAGCACCAAACUGUUCUUCCGUGAACUUAGUUCCAUUUACGAGACAUGUCGACUUGGGCAACACGUACCAAUCUCCAAACUGCGGGAUGGAAUCUUGAGAGUUGGUCAGAAGUUCCUCAAGCUGUCUAAAGAAUCUGUCGACGACUGGUUCACCCAGCAGAGUACAACUGUUGAGGGAGCAAGGCUGAAGCUUUACGCUCAAGUGUGCAGAUAUCAGCUUGCGCCGUAUUUGUCAACGCUAACCUUGGAUCGACACCUUCUGGACAGAGAUGAAAAGACAUCAAACAGCAAGUUGGAUACGGAGAGGUCUGGAUUUCCUUACUCAGGCAGCGAGGGAAGCAAAACUGGAACUAUUGGAACGCCAACAACAGACAGCCGUGACCCUUGCACUUGCGACGAGGACUCUGAAUGUAGCAGCGAUGAGCCGCCCACCAUAGUGGUCUACCUACUUGAUCCAUUCUCGGGCAGCGGGGCAGCUGGACGGGCAGCUGGACCGGACAACUCCAUGUUUGGGUUGAUGAGAUGUCUCGCAGAGAUGAACCAGGGACUCUCUGAGUCCGUUAGGAAUAACGUUGUUUUCCAGGUUGUUCCUCUUCAUCAAGUAUCGCAGGUCGAUACCUUAACACGCAGCAAAGACUCCUCCCUCACGUUCAUUAUGCAGCUCAAGUGCCUGGCCUUCUCUGUGUUUUCGCGGUGCCGCAAGACCCUUCAGCUGAGCCUUAACUCACGCUCACUCACAGGACUAGCCACUGCUGGCAGCCAUGACGCAGGGAAUAAGGGACGCGAAGUGGGAGCACCAUACCGAGUCAACCACAAGCCGAUAUACACGCAAUACAAUGGAUCAAAGAAUGCUCUGGGAGAAACCCUGACCUCCAAGUUAUACUCUUGCCCCUACAUCCUCGACACAUCUUUGACGGGAAUAGAGAGCUCCGAGGACUCGCUAGAUAGCAUGCUGCCAAGCACACGAACCACCUCUGUCUUAUACUGCGGCUACUGUCUGUCACGUGAUCAGCGUUGGUUGCUCACCAGUUGUACUGACGGCUCAGGAGAGUUAAUGGAGACUACGGCUAUCAGUGUAGGGCAACCCCUGCGUGCAGACGGGCGACUUCACAAGUUUCCGUCCCGCACCAAGGCGUUGCGCAAGGCUUGGGAGUUCUACCUUGGUGUGGUCGCCCCAACAUUAUCACUAUGGAGGGUGGUCAUCUGCAAGAUGGGUCGAAUGGGGCUUGGCGAGCUUCAAGACUGGAAAGAGAUCCUGAGUAAGACGUCAGUCGUGUCACGUGACCCGGUCAUACGGGACUCGUGCAAGGUCUGCCACGCCCUGCAUUGUGAGUGCCGUCCCAUAAUCCUCGGCGCGUCGGUCAUGAUGCUGGAGCCUGAGCCCGCAGUACGUCUGUACAUGGCAAAAGGUCUUGAAAGGUCAAAUGCAUUUUGUGCUGGACCCUCCACGCAGACUCCAGUGACGUCCAUCCCCCGCCCGGACGUGUCCCGCACGUACAUCAGCGUGUUCCCAUCUACCUACCACAACAAGGCCAGCACCAUCAAGCACCCGGACGUCAAGACCGUGGUUACCCCAGAGCCUCCCACUGAUACAGUUGUCACAGAUACCUCCAUUCUGUUAGCAGGGGCUGACGAUGAUGAGAGUGAUCCAGAUCCCUUACGACACCUCUUCCCCCUUCUGAACACCUCACCGACGCCCCUCUCACCUGUCCUGAUCCCGUCACCAGCAAUCGACGAGAAUCACUUGCACACCUCAUCACCCCUGAACCGGACGAGCCAAUUGAACGCAUCCCCUGGGGUGCAGAGCCACUCUCCCUUUCAGCCAAUCAGCAGGGUGUCCCCCUUCCAGCCUGUCACAGGGCCGGCCGCGCCCUCGCCAGUGCCGUGCAACACCACCGUUCCAAGUGCGGUGGCAUGUGUACCGGAAGAGGGAGGCCUGCUCUUGCCUUUAGCUCAGGGAUACUUUAUCUCUACACUGCACACUGGCAAGGUGCCUGCUGCAUUCUGGGCCGGCUUUCCUCAAUCCGAGACGUCAUAUCCCGUGAUGCUAAGGGCUGCUUUGUAUGUCCACGCCCCUGAUCUCCACGAGGCAACCAAUGGGUUUCCACCUCCUCCACCACACGCGCUCACCUCCCAGACGCACUGCGAUGUGCUAAGGUAUGUUCUUCAGCGGUUUGACGCGUUGUCCUGGCUGACAGUGGAUCCGGUGUCACGUGAUCGUCGCUCUUGCCUGCCAGUGCACCUGUGUAUCUUAUCUCAGCUUUAUGACGCCUUCUCCGUCCUGCUUGACUCCACGUAACACUCAUCAACGCGCUCCUUGGGCCUGACUACCGAGGUGCUCCGCGCGCGGUGCUCCACCCCUGAUGCUCCGCCCAGGUUCAGCGCAGUGAUAUGCAUGCUCGCAUUCCCACCAUUUUUUGCUGUCGCAUUGCAGUGCUGGGAUUCGAGCAUGCGUGAUAAUUAAUUGUCAUAUCUCCCGUUAGAUGAAAGCGUGCGAGGGUAUAAAAAGGUCGCAUGACGAGGUACCGUCUCUUGGUCGCUAUCCUCAUUUGGUUUCAUAAGCCUAAAAGUUACGAGUCUUUAUCCCCAAUCCUGGGUCGUAUGGAGACGGUGUGUUGUUCACAAGACCUGUUCUUUUACAACUUUUAGUUUUUAAAACUUGCCAUUUAAGUCUCGCUUCCUUGUUCACAUCACAAAACGGACUGCAGUGAAACCCCGAUAUAACGAUCAUCUCUAUAUCUUCUCCUUCGAUACGGAUAUUUUGGUAUUUUCACCUAUGUUCCGAUUCCCAGCAUACUUUGCGGUCGUUGAACAUGACCCCGACUUUUUUUGAGUUUUGUUGACCCGAAAAUUUGUUGAAUCAUUGGAGUUGACUUUUGCUUGAAUGCAGAUCCCAACUUACUAGCAAUGUGAGGAUACGGAGCAUGUUAAGGAUGUAAAUUUUAUUGAAUGAAUUCUAAACGACCAUAUUAUAGGUUUGCUGCUUAUUUAUGUUCUCAACAGUCAAGCUAUGAUUACCCUAUUCCAGUAAGAUAUAUCGAUUAUAAUUCGAGUUGAGGUAAAACCGGGCUACAAGGAUUCGGAUGUAGUUGACUACCGUAUUAGGGCAUGACGCAUGCGCCUUGUGACCCUGCCCCCCCCCCCCCCCCCCCCCCCCCCGCGGAGGGCUGUUGAUGCAAAUUGUCAAAUCUGUGAUUCAAACAACUCGUUAGUAUUUAUGGUCUCAUUUUGGUGCUCCAACCUUUCGUGCUUCAAAACAAGGCUAACGCUAUUCUAAUAUGCACUUGUACCUCUGCUGUUAAGGUAGUGAUCACGAGGUUAACACGUGUGUCCCACGUGGUCGCUUUUAUAAACCAAGGUUGCAAAAGUAAAACAAUUCAAAGACAGAAAUGAACUAAUAUAGACUUUCGGCCGAAGUUACUGGAAGAAAAAAUUGUUUUUAUUCACGUGUUUGCGCAUGCUCAGUGAACUAUGACCCAAACAGCUGUCAAGGUCAGGGGGGAGGACAAGGCAUGUGUUAUAAACACAGGAAACCCAAAACUCACUAAAAUGCAUAACUGGUAAAACCGGUUCGUGAAACGGGGAUUAAGAAUGAGAAUUUCAAUUUCUGUGGCAGUGAGUUAUUCAAACGGGGACAUUGCCAUUGCUAGAUGACGAGGAAUAUCGUUAUACAUCUAUAUGAAUAGUUUUGUUAUAUUAUUUUGAGAGCAAUAUAUAAAAUAUAUGAAAAUAAUUUAAUUUCAACCGUAAGAUAUGGCCUAUACUUGUUCCUUUAGCUUAAUUUUAAUCAUUAGUAUCAACUCUGAUGUACAGUUUGAUUAUCAUGAAAUGUACCGCCAUAGUUAAGCUUCUGACACAAUAAUAUAUUACAUUUCUUUAGCCUCACUGUGACGCUAUUGUUCAGAGUAGUCGCACUGUAAAUCGAGAGUUGUUAAUAGAUAGCGGCCAUUAGGCCGGCUAUAAAUCGGUUUGAAUUCUUGUCCCCGCGAGAUGUGAAGCCCGUACAAAACUCAAAAUUUGCGCCUUGAGCCAGAAGGGAACCGCUUUGAAUGGUGGUCAGCGGUAGGCCUGUCAAGGCGCCAAUUCGUGAGUUACAGGCAGCAUUUUAGUCAUGGUCUUGGGAAGACAAUAUCCAAUCAAAAUUUCACCACCGGCAAGCGAGAAAGCAGUAUUUAUACUGGGAAUAUAGAAACUAGCAAGCUAGAUAAUAGUGAAAUUUGUAGAUAGACACAUGUAGAUAUCAAAUUUAAUGAAUAUUUGUGAAUUGAAAUAAGAUAUAGACUAUUAUAUGCCAUUUUAGUCCACAAGAAUCUUGUAGCUGAAGUAACGAUGGAUUCAAUUCGUUUUGUAAAUUGAUCGUUGACCACCAAGAGUAGCGAUAUCCUUGCAUACCCUUCAAAUGUAGUAUUUUUAUGUUCUAAACCCCAUUUCCUAAAUAUGGUAUUGACAUUUUUAUUGUAAACAAAUACAGUCCAUUAUAUAUUGUAAAACACAACCAUACGAAUAAAUGUUAUUUACGUACAAUGAA